AUCGACCUCAGUCCCGCUCUAGUUGCGCUUCGCUAAUGAAAAAUCGAAUUUUUCGCCUCAAAUCGACUGGAGUUUACACGGGCAAAGUAUUACAGAAGUUAAACUCAAGGCGUUACACAACAUGCAAUAAGUAAAUUAUCAACAUAGCAAACACUAAGCCCACAAGAUACUCGCCAGCGACAAAUGCCCAUGCAUGCUGAGGACGGAACUGAAACUGAUGAUGAGGAGUCCAUCCCAGACAGACUGUAGCAUCGUAAAGAUCGUACUACUAACCGGAGGCCCCUAGAGAAGUCAAGUCAAUUACAACGCCAGAAAGCCUUUUACGUAUAUUGAGAGUGGAGAAGGAAACUAAAAGUUUUGCUAAACUAGCCUAGAGAUUGAAAAUUAAGAAUACAAUUAAGAUGACGGUGGAUUUCAACGAUUAUUUUUGGGGCGAGAAGAACAAUGGCUACGAUGUCCUGUACCACAACAUGAAGUUUGGCCUGGUGGCCAGCAAGGAGCUGUCCGAGUUUCUGCGCGAGAAGUCCAACAUAGAGGAGCAGAACUCGAAAAUGAUGUCCAAGCUGGCCCACAAGGCUGGAACGCUAAACAGUACAUUUGCUCCCGUCUGGACCAUACUGCGUACGUCGGCGGAGAAGCUAUCCACUCUGCACCUGCAGAUGGUGCAAAAGCUCACCGAGCUGGUCAAGGAUGUCGCCAAGUACGCCGACGAGCUGCAUAAGAAGCACAAGUCCGUCAAGGAGGAGGAGAGCCAGACGCUCGAGUGUGUUCAAGCCAUCCAAACGUCGACGGUGGCGGUGCAAAAGUUGCGCGACCUUUACGCCAGCAAGGUGCAGGAGUUAGAGAAGUUGCGCAAGGACAACGGAUCGCACAAGGAUGCCGAAAAGCUGGAGAGCAAGCUAAAGAAACUGCAGGAGGAGUACAAGGCCUUGUUGGAUAAACAUAACCCGAUCAAGAACGAAUUCGAGAGACGCAUGACACAGACCUGCAAGCGCUUUCAAGAGAUUGAGGAGGUGCAUCUUCGUCAGAUGAAGGAGUUUCUGUCCACCUACCUGGAAAUGCUGCAGAACAAUCACGACAUGGUGGGUCAAGUACAUUCCGACUUUAAGAGGCAGUUUGUUGACAUGUCUGUGGAUAAACUGCUGGAGCAGUUUGUGCUGAACAAGUACACGGGUCUGGAGAAGCCAGAAAUGCCUGAACUGGAGUAUGUGACUCUGUCAAGUGGCUCUCGGCUCCAGCAGCCCCAGGUCUCGGCCACCGCAUCCAACUCGAAUUCGGCCACCAGCAUUCAGGCAGCUCUGCGGGCCGGAAAUGCAGCGGCUACAGCCUCCGGAAGCGUGGUGUCCAUGGACCAGCGGGGCGAUGCCUUGGCGGCCAUCUCUCUUGGCAGCGGCAGUGCAGCCAGCGGUAGUAUUCCCUACGCCGAGGAUCCGAUACUGGGAGCCAUGGGUUCGCCGCGUCCCACAUCACCGGACAUGCUGGCGGGAGCGAAUGCCUCGGUGGGACCAUCGCAGCCGGCUGGUGGAGCCACGUCCACGGUGAAGAGCCUGCGAUCCUGGUUUUUGCCCACUGCCAAGCCACAGACUUCGACUGGAGCCGGAAACUUUGGUAUGAGCGGAUACGGAAGUGGCAGCACCAACAACAAUACAACCACCACGACAACAACAACAGCAAGCAACAGUAGCCACAACUUGAACACCAACAACACCACAGCAACAACUACAACAGCAACAACUGGCACGAACAAUCUCACCACCAAUAUCACCAAAAAUUCCCCUAAUUCUGAGGAUACUAGCAAUCAAGAUCAGGCACAGCAGCAGCAGCCGGCAGAGUCCUUAACCCCAACCGCAAGUGCCACUGCGAUUGCAACGACGGCGGGUGCGCCUGGCAAAAAGCAAUUGAACGCAACGACAAGCGAGCAGCAGCUAUCGAAAUCAUUAAAUGAGCAAGAGCACCUACAACAGACUGCAGCGGCUACGGCAGCAACAUCUGCGGCAGCAGCAACAACCGCCACAACGACAACGUCCAGACGUGCAACGUCACUUUUAAAUAUAUUCACAUCAAACUCUCAGGUCUCUGGCAUUUUACGCAGUCGCCGCGACAAGACAAAAACCAAAAAGGCUAAGAAAAAGAAAGACAACGAGGCCGCCGAGCACAUACAGGAGGAAGGUCUCACCAGCUUGGAGCGUGCCAACAACACGCUGCUGGACUAUGACGACCAUGGGCGCAGCAUGAAGACCCAGAAUUCCAGUGGCAGUAGCGCAGGUGGUGGCCUGGCCGCCCUGUCAGUAACCUCGGCUCAAGGAAGCGUGGACUCGGCGGGAGCCAGCAGCAUGGGCGGCAGCGGAGUGGCCACCGGUGCCAGUGGCAGCCUGCCCAAUGCAAGUGCUCUCACCAACUCGGCCUCCACCACAGCUCCGGGCGCCACAAGUGGCACUGGAACGGGCUACGAGGUGGAUGAGGAGGGCUUCAGCAUACAGCCGGCCAAGGAAAUAGCGUGGGAAGAGGGCCAGGAUAAAUCAGGCAGUUUCUACUCCGACUCGGAUACGGAUUCGGACAAUGACAAGCAGGAGCGGCGAAUCCAUGUGAGCAUCAAGCCCUUGAAGAAUGGCCAGGCGCCCAUGUCGGCCAGCGUGGAUGAGCUGCGGGCCACCGUGGAGAAUAUUUCGCUGUCUCCAACUGGAGUAUUUUCGCAUCACAGCCAACAGUUGCAGGCAGCCCGAGGAGCUCCGGCGUCGCGUCAGCAGUCCCCGGAGAUAUCGAAUGCCUCCACACCCACGGCCAGUGUGCAUCCCUAUGCGCCGCUGCAGAGUCCCACGCUGUCCAACAAUAACAACGCCAACAACACGGCCAACAGUCGGUAUGCGGAUCUGGGCGACAUCUUCUCGGAGCUGGGCGAUAUGAGCAUGUCGGCGCCGUCAUCGGCAACGUUGGGAAAACCUCCUGGCAGACAGAUACCCACACCUACGUCAGCGUCUGCAGGUGGCAGCAUAGCCAUACCAAGGCCGCCCUCACGGCGCUCUGAUAUGAUUGCCAUCGGACCGGCGGCCACUGGGACUGCACCGGGUCGCGGCAGAAUGUCCCCGGCUCCGGUGUCGACGGCAAUGAAUAGAGCCGAGAGCAUUGGCAGCCUGGAGUUUCGCACGGCCAUCGGGGGAGUGGGCUCCUCGCGCGGACCAUCUCCACUCACAAUUGGUAUUUCGGACACCAUACCGCUGGCGGUGGCAUUCCACGAGAUCAUACACGCCUAUUUCCGGGGCAGCGACGAGUCGCGCUGCCAGGUGAAGGUGUCCGGUGAUAUGAUGCUAUCAUUCCCAGCUGGCAUUGCCGGCCUGUUAGCCAAUAACCCCAAUCCAGCCAAGCUGGGUUUUCGCAUUAAGCACGUUCAGAAUCUGGAGAACCUGGUGCCCAAUGGAAAGCUGGUGCAGAUCGAUCGCCAGCAGUCGAGCACGGUGAGCACCAUGCUGGAAUUCAAUAUGGGCGCCUUGACGGCCCUGCUGCGAAGGCAGGCGGAGAACAACCCGACCGCCUCCUACUUCAACGUGGAUAUACUCAAGUACCAGGUGCGCACCAAGCCGGGGGCCAGCUCGUGUCCCUUCCAGCUGGUCAGCUACUGGAAGUGCGAGUCCAGCUACACGGCCCUCAAGGUGGACUACAAGUACAAUAACCACGCCAUGGCCAAUGCCUCGCCUUUGCUAAAUGUCACGCUCUCGGUGCCCGUCAAUGGCUCCGUGCGCAAUGUCCAGUCCAAGCCGCAUUCCGCCUGGCUGGGUGAAUCGAAUCGUUUGGUGUGGAACUUCACGGACAUCUCUCAGAACUCGCAGGACGGCGGCGUGGGCACUCUGCGGGCGCGCCUGGAGCUCAACGAUGGCCCCUCCACGCCGGCGCUCCUGGCCACCCAGUUCAACUGCGAGGGCACCACCCUCUCGGGCAUCGAGUUCGAGCUCCAGGGCAGUGGCUAUCGCUUAUCGCUGGUCAAGCGGCGAUUCGUUUCCGGAAAGUAUGUGUGCGAGGGCGAUGGCAUUCGCAGUGGCGCCACGCCCACGCCUCCGUCGGUGGGCUCCACCAGUCCGUAUUCGGCAAAGUCAAAUUAGUUGCUCCCCCAUUCCAGUGGACGGCAAAUGGGAACGGAAAAUGGCAAUAUGGCAAUAGGCUCGUGAAAAACUAGAGAAAAUUUUGUAACUAAUCUUAAAUAUGGGACAACACACGUACACACAACUAAAGCAUAUUUAAUUAGGCACAGGAACAGAGGAGCCCUCUUGGUUUUCUUCGAGCUUUUUAUUAUCACCCCCUAAUGCUGAAUUCAGUUUUGAUAGCAUGGAGCGGAAGGGGAAUUGAUAAACGCAAGUUCUAUCAUUCGCAUUCCACCUAAUGAAAUCGAAAGCGAAUCGAAAUUGCGGCCUAUUAUGUAUUUUUAUACACACAAAAUUGUGUUUCUCACGCGAAACGUGUUGAAUCUGCCUGCUGUCUGCGAAAUCUGGAUGUAUUAUUUGUUAUAUAUAUACGUGCGCGAGUAUAUAUUAUUAAAGUGUAUUUAUUAUGUUUAACUGAAUACGAUGUAAACGAAUGAUUGUAUGUAGCUAUGUAGAUAUCUGAAAACCACACACACCGAACGUUGAUUUUAUGUUCACUUUUGUACACACAACCAAAUCCAAAUGUAUUAAAUGUAAGAUACAAACCUGCA